AUGGCAGCCAGUGAUUCCGGGACAGAUGAGUCACUUUACCCAAUUGCAGUACUUAUUGACGAACUGAAAAACGAGGAUGUACAACUGCGUUUAAAUUCCAUAAAAAAGUUGUCAACGAUCGCUCUCGCUCUCGGCGUUGAAAGAACAAGAUCUGAGCUUAUCCCGUUUCUCACUGAAACAAUUUACGAUGAGGAUGAAGUGCUUUUGGCCCUCGCAGAACAACUCGGUAGUUUCAUCAGUCUAGUUGGAGGUGGAGAGUUUGCCCACUGCCUUUUACCUCCUCUGGAGUCACUAGCAACUGUAGAAGAAACUGUGGUUAGAGACAAAGCAGUUGCGUCUCUACGUGCUGUUGCUGCACACCAUUCACCGCAGGCAUUAGAGCAGCACUUUGUUCCCUUGGUUCAGCGUUUAGCUGGUGGUGACUGGUUUACAUCUCGAGCAUCAGCUUGUGGACUAUUCAGUGUCUGCUACCCCCGUGUAUCAGCGCCCGUAAAGGCAGAACUUCGCAACCAUUUCCGCACACUCUGCCAAGAUGACACACCGAUGGUGCGUCGCGCAGCGGCAUACAAGCUCGGAGAGUUUGCCAGGGUCGUUGAAGUGGAGUAUGUUAAGAGCGACUUAAUACCUAUGUUUGUCACUCUGGCUCAGGAUGAGCAAGACUCUGUACGCUUGUUGGCUGCAGAGGCGUGUGCAGCUGUCGCUGGUUUAUUGCCACCAGAAGACAUGGAGCAACUGGUCAUGCCCACAGUACGGGCCCGCGCUAGCGACAAUUCCUGGAGGGUGCGCUACAUGGUCGCUGAUAAAUUUGUGGAGCUGCAACAGGCAGUCGGACCAGAACUAUCCCGUACUGACUUGGCUCAGAUCUUCCAAGCACUUCUGAAGGACACUGAAGCAGAAGUUCGCGCUGCCGCCGCUGGAAAGGUAAAAGAUUUCUGUAUGAAUCUAGACAAGGCCCACCAAGAACAUAUUAUCAUGAAUAUGAUUCUGCCACAAAUCAAAGAUCUAGUUAGUGAUCCCAACCAACACGUCAAGUCUGCGCUGGCUUCCGUCAUCAUGGGACUUAGCCCCAUUGUCGGCAGACAGAACACCAUUGAACAUCUUCUGCCCUUAUUCCUCACACAACUCAAAGACGAGUGCCCUGAAGUCAGAUUAAAUAUCAUCUCUAAUUUAGAAUGUGUCAAUGAGGUCAUUGGAAUCCAGCAAUUAGUCCAGUCUCUAUUGCCAGCCAUUGUUGAAUUAGCUGAAGAUACAAAAUGGCGAGUUCGUCUUGCCAUUAUUGAACACAUGCCUUUAUUAGCCGGUCAACUCGGACAGGAGUUCUUCGAUGAGAAACUCAGAGGCUUAUGCAUGACCUGGCUGUUUGACCACGUUUAUGCUAUCCGCGAAGCCGCCACACUAAACUUGAAGAAGUUAGUUGAACAAUAUGGGCCAGGAUGGGCCGAAACUAACGUGAUACCUAAAGUAUUGGCCAUGUCACGAGAACAAAACUACUUACACAGAAUGACCUACCUAUUUUGCAUCAAUGUAUUAGCUGAAGUCUGCGGCAAAGAUAUAACCACUAGAAUCCUGCUGCCGGCAGUUUUGACAACAGCCGAUGACGAGGUUGCCAACGUCAGGUUCAAUGUUGCUAAGACGUUACAGAAAAUGGCUCCAUUCUUAGACCCAGCUGUUAUUCAACCACAAGUGAAGCCCGUUUUGGAGAAACUAAAUGUCGAUGAAGAUGUUGAUGUAAAGUACUUCGCAUCAGAGGCCAUAGCUGGAAUCGCCGGCUAA